AUGUUUUGCUUUCGUCGCCGCUGCAAGUUGGGCUCGUACCCUGCAUCUCCUUGUGCUGCGCCAUAUUCACCAUCUUCGUCGUAUCCCAUUCAGCAAAAUCUACCUCAGAACCCUCCUCCGUACCCGAUAGAGCCCUUAUCGUGCCCAAUCUCCUACUAUCCCAGCAAUGUAAACGGUCAUGGUCCAACAAGUGCUCUAGAUCAGUUGGACGAAAGGCUUACAAAUGAGCUAGACGGGUCGAAUCAUUACAACCGCGUAAGAGACCCACGUAUACCUCCUCCACCGGGAGUAGUAGUGGUACAGAUGCUCCGACCUACAGCGCCUCCCCUACCUACAGUAACUUCUCAGCCUACAGCACCUCCUUAUAUCGAAUCUACUCCAUCAUACUGCAUGCAAAUGCAUCAGCAGCAGCACCUUUAUCCAAAGCUAUCGAGCAAGGAUCAAGAGUACGCCGAUGAACAGCGAGUUGUACAGAAGUGA